GAGGCAGAGGGAUGUUGGGAAUGAUCCUGUGAUUGGAGCAGCGGCGCUGGGCGUGGAGGAGCAGCGUUCAGAAGAUGCAGUGAACUGAAUGAGAUGCGGCUGAGCUUCGAGGCGACACUCCUGCAAAUGCGCAGCGCGUGAUUUAUCGUGUUUUAUCGGUGGUCAGCGCGUCAUCUCUGCCGCUCGCUGUCGCGUUAAACACCGCCGCUGCUCUGAAGAUCUGCCACCGUCUACGCGAGCUUUCUCAUGUGAGUUACCCAUCAUCUCUGCUUUAUGUUCGUUGCAUAUGACGGAGGAUAUUAUAGCUGUGGCACCUGCAGUAGCUCGCGCUCAUCAUCAUCAUCAUCGCUUCAAGCGUUCAUUCGUUUGCAAGCCGUAUUACUGGAUGGACGUGUUAUCGCUGAUGUUUGGGAAAAUGCGUCAGUGCUGCCGCUCCCCUGCGGUUCGAUCUUGAGCGGCACAAACGUGUGACUGAUUCAAACCAUGGAGCCCAAACCCGACUGCUGCGCCUCAUCCGUGCCCAACUCUCAGUGCGAGCUGCAGCUCAACAUCUACGAGACCAUCAGCGAGGGGAAUGUGAAUAAACUGGAGAGCUCAGCGCUGGUGCGCGCCGGCAGCGACCCUAGCUCCUAUCCCUCCUCCAAACGCCAGAGGUUCAUCCGCAGGAGCCUGUGGUUCACCGAUAAUGACGAGCCCCAGGCCGACGACUGCAACCCGGAGUGCGAGGAGCAGAGGAAGAUGCUCAGCAUCAACCUGAGGACCAUUGUGGACCGAACCCUGGCCGUCCGAUCCGGUUUACAGGAGGGAUCGAGCACGGAGAGCCAGAAGGCCCAGAAGGAGCUGGAGAGCGGCAGCGCAGACGAGGAGCGAACGGAGCUCAGAGCGGACAGCGUGAAGACUCACGUAAAGGCGGCCAGCGAGGAGAACGAGGAGGAGGCUGAGAUGAAGGCCGUGGCCACCUCUCCCGGCGGACGCUUUCUCAAGUUUGACAUCGAGAUCGGCCGCGGCUCCUUCAAGACGGUCUACAAGGGCCUGGACACGGACACCUGGGUGGAGGUGGCCUGGUGUGAACUUCAGGACCGCAAGCUGACGAAGGUGGAGAGGCAGCGCUUUAAAGAGGAGGCUGAGAUGUUGAAGGGUCUCCAGCACCCAAACAUCGUGCGCUUCUAUGAUUUCUGGGAGUCUCCGCUGAAGGGGAAGAAGUGCAUCGUGCUGGUCACAGAGCUCAUGACGUCAGGCACGCUCAAAACGUAUCUGAAGCGCUUCAAGGUGAUGAAACCCAAAGUGUUGCGCAGCUGGUGUCGUCAGAUCCUCAAAGGCCUGCACUUCCUUCACACACGCACUCCUCCCAUCAUCCACCGGGACCUGAAGUGUGACAACAUCUUCAUCACGGGGCCCACGGGCAGCGUGAAGAUCGGAGACCUGGGUCUGGCCACGCUCAAAAGAGCCUCCUUUGCCAAGAGUGUGAUCGGUACGCCGGAGUUCAUGGCCCCAGAGAUGUAUGAGGAGCACUACGAUGAGUCCGUGGACGUCUACGCGUUUGGCAUGUGCAUGCUGGAGAUGGCCACAUCUGAAUACCCAUAUUCAGAGUGCCAGAACGCCGCUCAGAUCUAUCGCAAGGUCACCAGCGGGGUGAAACCUGCCAGUUAUAAUAAAGUGAUGGAUCCUGAGGUCAAAGAGAUCAUUGGCGAGUGUAUUUGUCAGAAUAAAGAGGAGCGUUACUCCAUCAAGGACCUGCUGAAUCACGCGUUCUUCGCGGAGGACACCGGCGUGAGGGUGGAGCUGGCGGAGGAGGAUGACGGCUUGAAGACGUGCAUCGCGCUGAAGCUGUGGGUGGAGGAUCCCCGCAAGCUGAAGGGCAGGUACAGGGACGGAGGAGCCAUCGAGUUCAGCUUCGACCUGGAGAAGGAGGUCCCUGAAGCCGUGGCGCAGGAGAUGGUUGAGUCUGGUUUCUUCCAUGAGAGCGAUGCAAAGAUAGUGGGCAAGUCUCUCCGUGACCGAGUGGCUCUGAUUAAGUGGCGCAGGGAGAGGACGGUGCCGAGGGCCUCACAGGCCGUGCCGGGCGAGACGGGGCCCGUCCUCUGUGAACCGCCUGGUCUGCUGGAGCCUGAAGAGCCGGAGGUGGAUCAGCAUGUCCACGUGUGUCCGCUCGGUGCCAGGACCACCUCCACCACAUCUGACAGUGGCAUCGGUUCGACUGUGUACUCGGACUCCCACAGUGGUCUGCACAGUGUCAUAUACCAGUCUUUACAGGAAUCUGUCUCCACAGCAAACCAGCAGGGUGCACAUCAUGAAAGCUCUUCUGUAAAUGAGUUAAUCCGUUUCCUGCUCCGACCCACAAGUCCUGCCUCCUUUCAAAUACCACGAGACCAAUCAGAGAUGACAGAAGAUGGAUUGGGAAGUUCUCGCUCUGGAAAUUUGCUGCUCGCUCCUUCGCCUGUAACGACUCGCCGCUAUAGCGACACAUCAGUGGGGCCGUCCUCUGAGACAAAGGGGGAGGAGUCUAUCUCAAUGGCAAGGCAGGGGCGUCGGCUUUCUUUAAACCCCACCCCUCACCAGCCACCGUCCCCGUGUCAGGUCUGCUUAUCCUUAUUUCUGCUUGGGACAUGUGCAGAUAGAAGACAUUUGCCCUAUUCUUUAUUUCCAAUUCCUCACGUCCCUGAUGUCCGCAGAGGCUCCUUCAGUGAGACCUCUGACCUCUCCCAGCUUAACAAAUCUCUGGAGAGCAUCAUGGGCCACAGACAUCAGCCCGAGAGAGGGCAGUACCGGCCUGCCCGCAGCCACAGCGAUGAGGGGCACACCCUGGAGCCGCCUCGUGAUGGACUGACCUCCCGUCGCAGAGCCAGUUUUUGUUCUGGCGAGCGCUCUCUGGCUGAUGCGUCUUCUGUUCUGAGAGUCCAAAGCCAGGCUGCACCUGCCGCAGCUCAACACAUGCAGACGUUCCCUCCUGUCUCCUCAGAGACCCCCGCACAGCCCGCCAGACAGAAUCUGUCCACUCCCCUGCCGCUGGCGCUUCUGCAGGGUGUCUCGAUCGCACCACAAACCAUGGAUCAACAGCAGCUUGCACCUACAGGUCAGACUGCCGAGCUGAACGCACAGGCCCACGCCCUCCAAACUGCAGCGUCGCAUCAGCCAUUCUCUGUGCCACAGAGUGCCGCGGGUCCGAGUUACCAUCCUGCCGGGGCAGAGCUAGCAAAUGCACAGACAUUUCUACCUGUGCAGCUCACUGCAGUCGCAACUGCACACAGUCUCCCAUCUAAAACAGAAGCAGCGCUGCCUGCAGAUCAGAGCUUUCAGAGCGGAGCCUCCAGCGUGCAGCAUAUCCCACCAGCAUCUGCACAGACUCGACAAACACCUGUGUUACAACAUUUGCAGCAACUCACUGAGAAUGCCACAACAGAUGGACAACUCCGAGACUUCUCAAACAUGCAGCAAACUGCUCCUGUGCAGCUGAGCCAGACAGGCCCUGCACCACCUAUCCCACAGCUCUCCAUUCAGACACAGCUGAUGGACAACUGGCAGCAAGGAGGACAGUCUACCUCCAGUCUGCUGACACAACCUGUUCCUCCUCCUCCUCCAGCUUACCUCACACAGUUUCCUUCCAUUAACUCAGCUCAGUCAGUCGGGACCCCUCUUCCUGGAUGUGACCCGUACCCCGCCUGCUUUCCCUCUGUGCAGUCAUCCCUCAGUCUGCCUGUCCCGACACACCCCAACAUCUCGCUAGUGUCAUGUUCGCAGAUGGAGAUCUCUGCGCUAACCCUGUACCCCCACCUGUCCUCCAUUUCUCCUAUACCCACACAAUGUCCCGCUCCACCCUUUGCUGCUCCAGUGUUCGCGCCUCCAUUUCCCACAAUUCACCAGUACCAGCAGGCCUAUUCUGUUGCUCAGCAGUCCGCCAUAAACUCCAUGGCCACUCUCUCCCAACAUUCCCACAGUCAGGCCACACCCACAGCACACCAAAGUCUCCACCUCUCACCAAACCCCGCCUCUAUGUGUGUCAGAGUCCCUCCCACUAUAAAAGCUCCACCCACCCAGGGAGUCUUGACCAGCCAUUUCCAAACUGUUCACGUGGACCAGAACUCGUCCAGUAGCUCCGAUCACGUCCGUGUUUCUCCGAUGAUGACACACAUGACUCCAGCUCCUGCCCCGAGCUCCAGCGUCAGCCAUAAUGCGCCUCAGCCUCCCGCAGUACCGCAGCUCUCGCCCUUCAGACCCGUCCUCGACACAUUCGGCUCUGCGGUGCCCGUGGACCCAAACCAGGCUCCUCAGCACUCCAGCCCAGCCUCUUUACCCACCGUCCCGCAUUCAGGAGCCGGUGCCAGCCUGAGCCAGCAGAACAGCAGUGUUAAGCCAGCACUGCAGCAGCACGACAGCACCAGCGGAUGUGGAGGAGCUCCAACUGAAGUAUGCUCUGAGGUAAAACUCUUCUUCAAAUGA